UCAACAUACAUAUGUAUGUAUGUCUAAUCUGUUGAGCUUUGAGCUUUUGGCGCAGAUAAAUCAACAGGUGUGAUACAUUUUGAUACGUUCAGACAUUUUAUUUUAAGGCGAUGGCAUCCAGCAGUUCCAGCUUGGACAUUGGUCCGAAGACGCUCAUCGGAGUGGGCAUUGGCCUGGUUGUGGCGGGAGGGGCAAGCUAUUUUCUGUACCGACGCUACCUGCAACACCGGGAUGCUAUGCCUGUGAAUUGGAGGCGCGUGGGAACGCUACAGCAGAUCAAUUUAUUUCCUGUCAAGUCCUGUGCUCCAGUCGACUUAGGGGCUGGCGUAGAGUACGACUGCGAUGUUCUUGGAUUGUCAUACGAGGGAAUACGCGAUCGCACGCUAAUGUUAAUUGAUGAAAAUAACACAAUGGUGACGGCACGGGGCUAUCCUCAUAUGUUGUUAAUCAAAUCAAGAAAAGCCUCGGUGAAUGGAAUCGUAUUCAGCGCACCGGGAAUGCACGAUUUGGAAUUAGAUUUCGAGAAUUUGGAGAGUCCUGGCCAAGAUUUGCAUACAUCCGUUUGGGGUGCACGAGUGGAUGCAAUGCUUUGUGGCGAACGGUUCAACAAAUGGUUCUCUCAGUUCAUCUUGAAAAUGGAGACCGGUCUAAAGCUGGUGCACUAUCCCUACCCGAAGGCCGUGAAAAUCAUCAACCCACGACUGAAGAACAUGCCAGAUAUAACGCAAGCGGAUUCGGGCGCUUUUAACGAUGCGACAAGCUAUAUGCUCAUGAAUCUGUCAUCGGUCGCCGAUCUGAACACUCGGAUUAAGAAUCCCGUGGAUCCGCUUCAAUUUCGAGGUAACUUCGAGUUAAAAGCUGAUAUAGACGAGCCCUAUGCGGAGGAUCAUUGGCAAUGGGUUCGCAUUGGUGACAAGGCCGUCUUUCGAUCAGUGGCUCCCUGUACACGUUGCAUUCUUCCGAAUAUUAAUGUCAAUACAGCGGAGCGGGACAUUGACGGCGAACCUUUGAAGACGUUAAGAAGCUUUCGCCUGUUCAACUAUAGCUCCCCAGCACUGGGCAUACAUUUGGGUCUGAGGCAGCCAGGCAGGGUCAAGGCCAAUGAUGUUGUGUAUGUUGGAGAGAAGUAAAUUAAUUUUUGAACAUUUCGUCUGCUUAUCGUAUAAAUAUUCAUGUAUACACUCCAGUUUAUUAAAUAGAACAUACAUAGAUAAUGAAAGUAA